AUGGCAGUAAGAAAGACACAGAACAAGAAGGAAGAAACAAAUAUUAAGAAGGAGGAGACUCUAGUAGAGAAGGUUGAAAAGCCAGUAGACUCUGAGGAGCAGACUGCGUCUGAAACCAUAAGCAACGACUCUGUAGAAGAGGCAAGCGAAUCUCCAACAGAAACCGGCUCUGAAGAAGAGGAAGGAUCAAGCUCAGCAUCUGAGUCUGCCUCUGAAGAGUCUGCUAAGGAAGAGAAGAAGGCAGAGCCAGAAGAGUCCAAGGAUGAGAGAACAAUUUUCAUCAAAGGACUUAACUUCAGCGCAACUGAAGAAGACUUAAGAGAGCUCUUUGGAAAAUUCGGAGACAUUGUUGAAGUAAGAAUCCCAAGAAGCAGAGACGGACCAGGUGGUAAAGGAUUUGGAUACGUUGAGUUUGAGACCAAGGAGGCCUGCGAAAAGAGCAGAGAGCUAAAUGGAACCGACUUUAACGGAAGAAGUAUAGUAGUAGACCUCGCCAGAUCCGGACAGAGAGUUGGAGCUGGUGCAGAUGGCCAGAAGGUAUACAACAAGACCGAUGACAGCACAGUUUUCUUAGGAAACAUCCCAUUUGAUGUUGAUCACGAGGACUUCCUCUCCCACUUAAAGACAUACGCAGAGGUAAGUCAGGUAAGAAUCCCAGAGGACAGAGAAACUGGAAGACCAAAAGGAUUUGCAUUUGCAUCCUGCGAGUCAGUUGAAGAAGCUCAGAAACUUAUUAACUCAAACAUAGUAUACAUGGAUAGAAACAUUAGAGCACAAAUCUCCGAGAGAAAGAACUCUCCAGCUCCAAGAGGCGGAAACUCUUUCGGAAGACGAGACAACAACAACUCCUACGGAAGAAGAGAUAACUCUGACAGAUCAUCUGGCUUUGGUAACAAGAGAACUUGGUCAUCUGAGAACACAAGCAACAAAAGACAUGUGAAAUUUGAAUAA